AGGCCACGAAGUAAGCGUACGAAGACCAAUCAGGAUUCUUUACGAAGCAAUGCGACUGUCGCUCGCUAAAGAUUAGCCUACAAAGCUCACAUCACUGGUAUCCGCAGCGUGGGGUCUUCUUGGCUGCGUCACCGGCUGAGUUGAGCGGUCUCAGCCUUUGGCAGCUGCACCGCUUAAGGUUUUGAAGCGCAAAAUGGGAGCCUGUGUUAGCAAAUGCGCAAAUUCAGGCCUACUUCGUGAGAGACGCCACGUCUCUUUCAAGAGUCUAACUGGCCCGAAUGGUUAUCCUGACGGCACAUGCACCGAUCUUCGACGAAGUGGUCCAUAUGGCAGUUUUCAAAUUGUCAGCCUAGACCCUGGUUGUUCAGUUACCAUCUACAGUAACGAUACCACCAAUGAUCCGUGCUCUGCAUCUCCGGACAGUCAAGCAUUGGGCCAGCUCAUUGCUUGCUACAACACUACUUAUCACUACUACAGCAUCGACAUGUGCGAUCCGGCAGCCGCACGAUCCUCUUCACCACCGGAAUUAGUGCCCAAGUCUCAUACUGGAGCUAUUGUUGGCGGAGUCGUCGGUGGCGUUCUUGGGAUAGCUGUCCUGAUAGGAGUGGUGUUCUGGCAUGACCCAUUGCAACGAGCUGCACGGCUACCAGCAAAAUGAACUCGAAGGUGGUAAGGUACUGUAUAAAAGGGAGGCUGUUGAGGUUGAGGCUCCACCUGUUGAGCCUGUUGAGCUUAGUGGGCAGGAGGUGCGGAGCUCUGCCAAAUAUGUUCCUAAUCAUACCUAGCAAUGUACAUGUACUUUCGUUGACCCCGAUCACCUG